AUUUUAGUGUACUAUAUGCUGCUCUCAGGGCUGCAGUUCUCAAUAGAUUCAUUUUACUGUGUUAUUUUAGUGUACUAUAUGCUGCUCUCAGGGCUGCAGUACUCAAUAGAUUCAUAUGACUAUUUUAUACUGCUUCAGGUACCACUGCAGAGUAGCACAAUACCUGCGUGACUUAUUAUAGACAUGUUGCUCUUGAAGCACGAGAGCUUAUUUUAUUAGGACCUGAGCACUGAUGGUGUGAGGACCCUAUUGUAAUUGCUCAGUAAAUUAUUGUUGUUCUCUGAAAUCAUUUUUGAGGGCCUAAACAUUCUCGAAAACUCAUGAAACUUUGCACACGUGUCAGAAGUGGUGGAAAUGUAUGUCUCAUAAGGGUUUCACAAUUAGGUGUGGCAAAAUGGCUUGACAGCGGCACCUUCAAAAUGUCAAUUAAGCACAGUUCGUGCUACGUUUAACGUACAAGUAUGAAAUUCGGUUGCCCACCGGUUUUCCUAAAGCCACCGGGUGCAAAGGCCCUUUCAUCACUGCUUUCAGCUUUAAUUUUAUCCUAAUAUUUGAUGCUUUAAAAUUGGUGUCAUUGUUCUCCAUAGGUAAUGCUAAUGUUUCCAAUGUUUUAUUAUCAGCUUAUUCCUCUGCUUUCAAGGAGCAUUUCUUUCUGAGAUAAAUGAAUGUCUUACAAAUUAUGAAGUCUGGAGGACUGCAUGGAAGAGGCAUCGGAAGGAUUGGACCCUAUCCACUUUACAUGGAGAGUUUUGAAUCCCUCAUAGAAAACAACGAAGUAUCUGAUGAGAUAAUGGAUGCUUUGUUCCAUCUGUUCAGCAGGAAGCGGCCAGAUGUUUUGGCCAUCAAUAAUCAGACCCUGGGUCACAUUCUGGAGGGUGACACCCGGGCUAGGAGCAGUUAUUUUACGAAGAAGAACAUAUUUGAAAAUAAAACUAAGGUUGUUGGUCCCUUUUUGGAGGACGGGAAUCAUUGGACUUUUUUUCACUGCAGCAUUGUUGACCGUACAAUUACAUACCUUAAUUCACUUGGGGAAACAGAUGAACAAUACAACAAAAUAGCAGAAAACUGGAGCACAUUUGCUGCUUCAAAAGGCUACCAGGGGCCAUGGAAAAGAGUUCUCAGGAAACAUAGCUUACAGCAUGAUAGCAUUUCAUGUGGUGUUUUCACAGCUGUGUUUGCUGAGGCCAUACUUGGAGGCUCGGGGGGAUACCUUAUGUGCUCUCCUAUCCAGGAAGAGAGGGAGCGUCUGGGGACACUUCUCUUUAGUUCACUUGAUAGGUCAGGUAUUUGUGGUGUCUGUUUUUACAAGGUACCCAGGAAGAACAAGGAAAAAUGUUCAACAUGUUUUGUAAAUAUUCAUAAAAUCUGUCUACCUGGGAGACAGGAGGAUGCAAAGUGUCUUUUUUGCAAAGAAAAAAGCUCAGGAGAAAGAGAGGACGAACCUGAGGGACAAGACAGAUCAGGAGAAAAAGAGGAUGAACCUGAGACACAAGACAGAUCAGAAGAAAAAGAGGGUGAACCUGAGGGACAAGACAGAUCAGGAGAAAAAGAGGAUGAACCUGAGGGACAAGACAGAUCAGGAGAAAAAGAGGAUGAACCUGAGGGACAAGACAGAUCAGGAGAAAAAGAGGAUGAACCUGAGACACAAGACAGAUCAGGAGAAAAAGAGGAUGAACCUGAGACACAAGACAGAUCAGAAGAAAAAGAGGAUGAACCUGAGGGACAAGACAGAUCAGGAGAAAAAGAGGAUGAACCUGAGACACAAGACAGAUCAGGAGAAAAAGAGGAUGAACCUGAGACACAAGACAGAUCAGGAGAAAGAGAGGAUGAACCUGAGGGACAAGACAGCUCAGGAGGAAGCAACCAAAAUGAAGGAAUUCAGGAAGAAAGCAGCUCGGGACUUAACCAAGUUCAAGGGGGAUUCCUGGUGGAAAGUGUUUUAAAAGUUUCAGACUCUCAUCAAGCAAAAAGAUACCUGGUCACAUCAGAUGAACUACAGAGGAGGUGCUCUCCCCCAGAGAGUUACUCUGCAAACACUGUAGUGGCUUAUCUACGGAAGGCCAAGGGACAAAAAAAGAAAAUUACAGAGACGCUGGCAGAGUUGGAGGUGAACCCCUCAAAGCGCACAAAGUUAACUUCACAGUGCUCCAAACUUUGUGAAGAUGAAUGCAAGGAUCUGGCUGGGGACGUAAUGUUUCUUGCCACAAAAUUCAUCCCCCAGAAAAGGGUGGGUGAAGCCUUACUAGAAGAGGGGAAUGUCCAUGCUGCCAUCGUCAAAACCGAAGACUGCAGGAAGACAUUGAAAGAAGUAAAGGCUGCUCUAGAGAAAAAUUGGGACACAUUUGACCUGGCAACACAUGGUCUUGGUCCUGCCGUAAUAAAUGGCACUUUUUCGUUGAUAGAUGCGUGUCUUAAGGAAAAGAUGAGAGCACUGAAAAAAAAAGACUCCACAGAUGAGUAAGGUUCCCCCACUUUAUUUUGUUUACUUGUAUUGUUUCAAACUCUUGUUUCUUGAUGUUCAGCUGUACAAAAAAAAAUUAAUAAAACAUUACAAAGAA